CAACAGGCUCGUCGUUUUGGCGCGAUGUCUAUAAAAUUUCAAACCAGACUAGUUGGAGGCAGUGGUAACGGAAGCUGCGAGUCUGUAGCUACAGACCAGCUUCGUUUCUUUCUGGACCACAGGCUUUUAAACGCCAGCAAUGUCGUGGGAUUUUAUUUUACCCCUUUGCCUCGGGGAUUUGGUGAAGACUGGUGGGAUCAACCAAUACGUAGUACAGGAUGUGGUCUCCCCGAAGCAUCUACCAUCCAGUGUCAACAAAUUCAAGAGUGCCCUCAGAAGCAAAGGGCCUCUGUGUAUCCUGGAGCACUUUGAUACUGGCUACAGUGUGCUACAACACUGUAACUCAGUGGAGCUGGGUGUUAAGGAGGACACUCUGGAAUUACUGGUCCAAGUGGUCAACAGCCUUGCUGGUUCUCUGCCCGCCGUACUCAUCUCCACCACCACCCUCUCCACCGAGGAGCGCAAAGAGAAGCUCAACGCCGUUAAGAUGAGCGUCUUCCUACUCUGCAAGCUAACGGAGACCCUGGAGGGUCACUCUUCAAGACAGAGUAUUGUCUCUGCUCCUGGGAAGGGUGGUAAAAAGGGUAAAGCUGGCGAGGGUCUGUUACAGUGGGACUCGGAGAGAGAAAGGGUGCUGCAGGUGCUCAUUCAGCUCCUUCAGCUGGAUAUCCGUUCCCUCUGGAAUCUCUCCCUGGUCGAGGAAGAGUUUGUCAGCUGUGUGACCUGCUGUUGUUACAAAUUACUAGAGAAUACGACCAUCGGCCAUGUCAAGAACAAACCCACCAGAGAUGGAGUAAUCCACCUCCUGGGUGUGUCGAUCAAAAAGUACAAUCACCUCCUGGGUGCCAGUGUCAAGGUGAUCCAGUUGCUGCAGCACUUUGAACAUUUGGCGUCGGUUUUCGCUCAGGCCGUGGCUGUUUGGGGCAAAGAGUACGGAGUUAGGACCAUCGUAGGAGAAGUGUUGAGGGAGAUUGGUCAAAGGUCAGGGGAAGAGCUCGCCAGAGAAGGGUCAGGGGUCAAAGCCUUUUCUCUGUUUCUGUCAGAACUCGCUACAAUGGUCCCUGAUCUAAUCAUCCCAAACAUCAGCAUGCUCAUCACACACCUGGAAGGAGAGAGCCACACCAUGCGUGUAGCUGUGUGUGAGGUGCUGGGCGAGGCUCUGGUUCAGGUGCUGUGUGGCGACGGCCUCGAUGACGCUGGUAAAGCGGACCGCGACCGGUUCUUGGACACGAUUCAGGAACAUAUUCAUGACACGCACUCCCACGUCAGGACCCGUGUUCUGCAGGUGUACACACGGAUCGUCAACAGCAAGGCUCUGCCUCUGUGCAGAUACAGCGAAGUGAUGGAGCUUGCUGUGGGCCGACUGAUGGACAAAUCAAUUAAUGUGGUGAAGAGCGCCAUCCAGCUGUUGGCAGCCUUUAUUGCACACAACCCCUACAGCUGCAAGUUGAGCAGUGCUGAUAUGAAGAAGCCGCUGGAGAAGGAAACGGCAAAACUCCGAGAGCUGAAAGAAAAGAUAGACGGGAAAGCACCAGUGGCAGUGAUUAAGGCCUCUGAGCUGUGGGCGGCCAUGGAACCUGAGUUGCUGGUCACAGUGAGGGCAGAACUGGAACCCAGCAGUGAAACUGAGGAGCAACAGGAAGGAGAAAAAGAAAAGGAAGGAGAAGAUGAUAUGGCUACUGCAGUGAUGAUCGCCCAGUACCUCCGUGUCAACAAGUACAGGUAGUCCAAAGUACUAGUACUAGUACUGAGUGUGUCUGCGUGCUUCCCAGAGUCUGAGAGGUUUUCAUCUCUGUCCACUCUCACACCUGAGUCACUAAUGGAAACACUGGCACUGAUUUUCAAAGGCUCUGAUGAGGACGCCGCUGAGCUCAGCCAGAACCUGCCGCCUACCCCACAGAAAGAGCCGGAAAAAGAGGGGGAGGAUGUGGAGCUGAAGAAGCAGCAGAUGCUGGUGCAGUAUCUGAAGGAUACAGAAACCUUUGCUCUGCAGGUGGAGAGAGCCAUUUCUGUUAUCAACACCAUGCUGUAUUGGAAGACCACCUCAGGUACCAGAUGGUCACAUGGUCCAGUCUACACUGUCUCUUUGUUAGACAUCUAUCACAUGAAGUGUGUGUGUGUGUGUGUUUUAGUGGUCCUAUGGACUGUGCAGUUCUGUGUGACGGUGUGUGAGUUCGGUGUCGCCAACUCUGUCAGUGGAGUCAGGAAGAUGUUACCACUGGUCUGGUCCACUGACACGGCCAUCAAAGAUGCUGUUGUUCAGGCCUACAGACGGCUGUACCUGAACCCUCAAGGAGACACCGUCAGAGUGAAAGCCCAGACUCUGGUGGACAGUCUCUCAGAGCUGAUGGUCGAUGCGUCCCUGGGAACAAUCCAGUGUCUGGAGGAAAUAGUGCAGGAGUUCUUCGGCAGUGGCAGCAGUCUCCAGACCACGGUCAUCCAGGUCCUGUGGGAGAGGUUCACGGGAAAACGUGAGACUUCCACUCUACACAAGAGAGCCGCCGUGUUACUGCUGGGCAUGGCUGCACGGGCGGAGAGGGAGGUGGUUCUCAGCAAUCUGGACACUCUGUGUUCUGUCUCCCUGGGAGAAAAAGUAACGGAAGACUUCCUCCUGGCCAGAGACACAGUCAUAACCAUCUGUACUAUCACUGACCACGUCAGGCAAUCAAAAGGAGCUCCAUUCAGACUUUCUCAGGACCAUCAGCUCUUCACCUGCCUCACACAGGCCAUCUCUGAAGGUGUGGUGAUGGAGGACCCGUACUGGCAGAGCUUCAUGGAACAGGCUGUUCGUCUCAUCUACUUCUUGGCUGAAUCUCCAGACCAGCUGUGCUCCAGGCUGCUGCAGCGCAGCGCUCGCCUCUUAUUGGACCAGAUUGCUGAAGGUGGGGAGGGCAACAGAGAACCAGACCAGGUACAAGAGGGUUCUCAAGAGACCAACGAGCAGGGUGAACAGGUCAGCUGCGUGUGUCUGGCCCAGCUCUUGGCGCUGUGCGGCAGCGUGGCCUUCUGGCAGGUGUCCCACCUGGAGCGCAGCGUGAGCACCGAGCUGCGCAGGAGAAGAGGGGAGUCUGAGGAGAGGAAGGAGAAAGAAAAAGAACCGUCCAGCAAAGCCAAGCAAGCAGCUAACGAGAGCGCGAUGGAGGAGGAGCUGGGGUUAGUGGGGGCUUCAGCAGAGGACACGGAGGCCGAACUCAUCAGAAAGAUCUGUGAGACUGAACUACUGGCUGAGGAAAACCUGCUGAGUGCAUUUCUGCCCCUGCUGGUGAAAGUGUGCAGCUCCCCAGGACGCUUCUCCCACCAACAGCUCACCACUGCUGCCUGUCUGGCACUCUCUCAGUACAUGAUGAUCAGCCCAUCUGUGUGUGAGAAGAACAUCCGCCUCCUGUUCACAGUCCUGGAGCGAACUUCUUUCCCAGUUGUCAGGGCUAACGCUGUCAUAGCCCUGGGAGACCUGACUGUUCGAUUCCCUAACAUCUUGGAGCCGUGGACACAGAACCUCUACGCCAGGCUCAGCGAUGAGGUGCCCUCAGUGAGGCAGACGGCCGUGACGGUUCUUACUCAGCUGGUGCUGAAGGAUGUUCUGAAGGUCAAAGGUCAAGUCAGUGAGAUGGCGGUGCUGCUAAUUGACCCCGAGCCCCACAUCACCAGCCUGGCACUGAACUUCUUCAAUGAGUUGUCCACCAAGGACAACGCCAUCUACAACCUUCUCCCAGACAUCAUCAGUCGCCUGUCUGAUCCAGAGAGAGGCAUGAGUGCAGAGGACUUCAACACCAUCAUGAAGCAGCUGUUCUCGUACAUCACCAAAGAGCGGCAGACGGAGUCUCUGGUAGAGAAACUGUGUCAGCGCUUCAGGACUGCCAAGACGGAGCGGCAGUGGUGCGACUUGGCCGUGUCCCUGUCUCUGCUCUCCAUGUGCGAACGCGGCUUCAAGAGGCUGCAGGAAUGUUGGGAGUGUUACAGCGACAAGUUGACGGAGCCCGGCGUUUACCAACCUCUGAUGUCCAUCGUGGCCAAGCUCCGCCGCGGCGCCAAGCUCCAGUUCAAGGCCCAGGUGGAAGAGUUUGAAAAGCUGCUGACGGCCGUUCACACGCGGGGGCUGGAGAACGUGGAAAGCCCCGAGAACGAGGAGGAGAACCAGAAAAGCGGAUCGUCCGAGAUGCCGGCCCUGCGGACGCCGCUGCCCGCCCGCGGCCGCGCCAAAAGCAGAAGAGGUCAACCCAAACCUUCAACUUCUCGAUGCAGCGAUGACAGUUUUGUGACUCCACAAAAUACUCGUCGGUCCAAGAAACCAGUGAUCACCUUCAGCAGUGAUGAGGAGGAAGAUGAAGACGAUGCUGUCAUGGCAGAGAGCGAGACGCCUAAAGUGACCACGCCCAUCGCCCGCACCUCCAGACGAACUCGCCUCAGAAACUAAUUUUAUUAUUGUUUGUUUGUAUGUUUUUAUCUAUUUUAUUUUUUUAAUCCUUUCUUUAAAUGGGGGGUAGGGGGUGUUGAGGGAGGGGAGGGCUUUUUCGAAGCAUUUAAAUUUAAAAAAUUUUUUUUUUCUUACCUGUUGCUGUCGGUCGACUGUGAUUGGCUCACAUCUGUCACAUGUUUCUAAUAAACCAUCGUGUCGACACGG